CGGCCGAGCCGCGGCGGGCGGGCGGAUGGCGGGCGGCGGCAGGCAGCCGCGGGGCUGAGGGGCGGCGCUGCCGCCGCUCCGUGCCGUGCCGUGCUGUGCCGCUCCGUGCCGUGUCGCACCGAGCCGUGCCGUGGUCGGCCGGGUGCCGCUGCAGGCUGGCCCCCUGCGGCUGCCUGCGGGGUGGUGGCAGGCGGGCUGCCGGGAUGAUCCGGUUUCGAAGCUCAAGCAUCAGGUCGCUGAGCGCGGAGAUGAAAUGCACCGUGCGGCUGCUGGACGACUCCGAGAUCUCCUGCCACAUCCAGAGGGAAACCAAAGGUCAGUUUCUUAUAGAUCACAUCUGCAACUAUUACAGCUUGCUGGAAAAAGACUAUUUUGGCAUUCGAUAUGUUGACCCUGAGAAGCAGAGGCACUGGCUUGAGCCUAACAAGUCCAUCUUCAAGCAAAUGAAAUCUCAUCCACCAUAUACCAUGUGCUUUAGAGUGAAGUUUUAUCCACAUGAACCAUUGAAGAUUAAAGAAGAGCUCACCAGAUACCUCUUAUAUCUACAAAUAAAAAGGGACAUUUUCCAUGGCCGUUUGCUGUGUUCCUUUUCUGAUGCUGCCUACUUGGGUGCCUGUAUUGUCCAAGCUGAGCUUGGUGAUUAUGAUCCUGAUGAACACCCAGAGGACUAUAUCAGCGACUUUAGGAUUUUUCCUAAGCAGUCACAAAAGCUUGAGAAGAAAAUAGCUGAAAUGCAUAAAAAUGAAUUCAGAGGUCAGAGCCCAGCUAUUGCUGAAUUCAACUUGCUCCUGAAAGCAUAUUCUUUGGAAACUUACGGUGUUGAUCCGCAUCCGUGCAAGGACUCAGUUGGGACAACCACAUUUCUAGGAUUCACAGCUGCAGGAUUUGUAGUUUUCCAGGGGAAUAAAAGAAUUCAUUUGUUAAAAUGGUGUGAUGUCUAUAAACUAAAAUUUGAAGGGAAGACUUUUUAUGUGUUUGGAGCUCAGAAAGAGAAAAAGGCUAUGCUGUCAUUCCAUACGUCUACACCAGCAGCUUGCAAGCAUCUAUGGAAAUGUGGGGUGGAGAACCAGGCUUUUUACAAGUAUGCAAAAUCCAGUCAGAUCAAAACGAUGUCCAGCAGCAAGAUAUUUUUUAAAGGCAGUAGAUUUCGAUACAGUGGAAAAGUAGCCAAAGAGGUUGUGGAGGCAAGCUCUAAAAUCCAGAGGGAACCUCCUGAAGUUCACAGAACCAGCAUUACCCAAAGCCGAAGUUCUCCCUUGUUAAACAAGCAACUCAUAAUCAAUAUGGAACCUCUGCAGCCUCUCCUUCCUUCUCCCUGUGAGGAGGAAGAUGUUCCACUAGAUGAAGGUAUCCAGCUGCCAAAGGAAGAUGAGAUUUCAGUACCUGUGACUUCAAGCUCCCCAAUUAAGGAUACUGAGGAGAAUGUUGAUCUUGACACUGAACAGGAAGAGAGGAUGAAAGAGGAACCAUUAACCAUCUCAGAACUGGUAUACAAUCCUAGCGCCAGUUUACUGCCCACCCCUGUUGAUCAUGAGAUUGACAUGCUUUUUGAUACGUGUCUGAGAGCAGAAAAUGAGAAAGAUGAUACAGAUUCAUUUGAGGAACUUGAAGUGGAUGAAAAUGCAUUUUUAAUUGCAGAGGAGGAAGAACUGAAAGAAGCUCGGAGAGCACUUAGGUGGAGCUAUGACUUUCUAAUGGGCAACAUAGAGGUGAAUGCUUUUGUGAAGAGUUUCUCCAGACUUUUCCUUGUAGGCCUUGGACUGUUAUUGUUUGUGUUCCCUCUUUUUCUUGUUCUCUUGGAGUCGGACCUUCAAAUCUCUUUCCUCCAUGAAAUCCGUCAGACGCCGGAGUUUCAGCAGUUUCAUAUUGAAUAUUACUGCCCCCUUAGGCAGUGGGUGGCUUGCAAAAUAAACUUCAUGCGUGAUAUGCUGGGCAGCUUUUGAAUUUUGCAUAAAUAUGAUAUAACUAAGGGCUAUAUUCAAAAUUUCAGUUAGUGCCAGCUUUCCAUAAUGCCCCUGGACCCAUCAGUUGAUAGCUGCCUUCACAUACAGUUUUUGUUACAGACUCUUCGGGUUCUGAAAUUCCCUUUACCUAUGUAAGUUGCCAUUUUCAUUACAGGCUUAUACAAUCACCUCUCAAUAACCAAAAAGAAGCUUUAUUUUAAUUACAUUUCAGAAUUCCUGCUUAUCUAUUACAUUAUAUAAGAGAGGGUCACAAUAAGUUUGAUUGUCCUUAAUCUUUCAAUCCAUGACACUAAAACUGAUGAUACUGAAAGAAAAUCUUUUUGAAUAUACUCCUUAGUGCAACAAUCUCUUCUAACCAAUGCCUAUACAAGCAAUGUUUAUGCUGGGUUUUGGUUUUUGUUUGUUUUUCUGUUUGUUUGUUUUUUACAUUUUUAUGUGUUUAAAAUACUUUGGUAAAUUUUUAGCAAAAGAUAACUUAUGAUGUUAUUUAAAUGUACCCAUUGGUAAGAAUAAUACACAAGGGCAUGUAGGGUGUUUUUAGUGUUUUAGCAAUUAUUUGUUUUUAAACUAUUGGCUGGAGAAUGAAUGAGUUUAAUGUAUCUCUAUACAGAGGGACUGUUUGGGAAACACAAAGAAAGUUCACUCAAGUUCAGUAGAGGCUGCCUGGGGGAGGUGAAAGACAGCAAGUACACAGGAGAAGUUCUGAAAGGCACUGCUGUAAAGCUUGCGAAAGUGAGCAGAACUGAAAUGAUCCUUCCGCUUAUCUGUUAGGUUGUGUUCCACUUUAUCAGUGCUGUAGAAAGUCAUUACAAGAUAGUACAAGUACAUUUAGAAGGAUAUAGAGUUUUCAGUCUAAAUGUAGAUUAUUGUACAUAACAUGGAAGACAAUAAUAGUAAGUAGGAAAAAAAAAAGAAAAAAAAGGAGCCAAAACUAAAUCAGUAGGUGAGAGACUUACUUUUGAGAAUUAUAAAGAACAGAAAAAGGAGGAAAAGGAAUAAAUUUUUCAUAUUCCUUUUUAAAAGCGAAACAUUAGGCUGUACAGUUGACAUAAAGUAUUCUAUUGGCUCACAGUUAAAGGCUUAAACACUUUGAGAUGCAUCUUCAUCCUUGAUGCCCAUUAUUACUAAUAUCUAAGACAAAUUUUGUGUAUACUAAUAUGCUUCCUUUCACAUAUAACAGCAUACUUACCCUUGUUACUGUUAGCCCAGUUACAAGAUCUAAUGCUGUUUUGUGUUACAUGGAUUUGUAUAUCUAAAGGUAUUCCAGUGUAGCUUAGAGAAUAUACUUAAGUAAAAAUCUUGUCAAUGCUGAGAACAUUUGAAGGCCCUCAAAUAUAUCACAGAGGUUGUAUUUAAAACUAGAAAGUUUUUAUUCCUCUCCCUUCCCUGUCUUAGUGCAGAUUUGUUUCCUGUUUAAACUAGGGAGCUCUGAUUUUGGCUUCAAAGUCUUACUCCAGCUUAGAUAUUUAUGAAUUGGAGACGUAUUUGAGGCUAGUUUAUUAGAUUUAACACAUUUAACACAUUAUAACCAGAUGUCUAAUUCCUACUGAAUAAAUUCCUUUAGUUUCAAUAUCAGCGAAUUGGUUUUGCUUGAUUUUCUCAUGUAAGACUUUGCAAGUAUCUAGAUUUGCUUAGAGGAUUUCUCUUCCCUUCUAAUCUUCUCCAGUUUUUAAACAACAGAACAGUUAUAGGGCUUGGGAGUUCCUUUUCUCUUGAAAACUUUUGGAUUGCUGUUCAUUUCCCCACCAACAAAGGGUAAAUUAAAUAACUGCUUUUUUUCUCAUGUCCUUGUCCUUGCCAAUCUGUUCCCCAGCAGAAUCAUUAUUGAUUAGUUAUUUGAUAUGUAUUUCUUCCUUUGCUACUUGCAGCUAAAUGAUCCUUUCCCAUGAUGUAAUAAUCAUUCAGCCUAAUAGAAAUGGUGAGUGAACUAACCAGAUAUUUGGUCUUUACAGGAAAUAAUUCACUUGCAUUUUUUCUAAACAAAGGCAUCACAAAAGGUGUUUUGAGUAGUAAAGGCUGUGAGAGCUGACAUCCUGCUGCACUGUGGAGACAUGGUUCCAUACAGGCUCCUGUGAAGUCUGACAACAACUUAGAAAAAAAAAAGUUAGAUCCUAUAGACUUGUCCCUGAAUACUCCAGAAGUAGGAGUAUUGUAAUGCUUGAUUUAACUCUAUCAGAAAAUAGCUCAGUUGCAUGAAAACAUAAUCUGCAGUGCAGUGAAGUUUUAUGUAGGAUUAAAUGCAAGUGUGUGUGCACAUAUCCUUACAUUUACUAACCAUGUACAUUCAGGCUUGGCCUUUUAAAAUUCUUCCCUUCCUUCCUGAUAUUCCUUGGUCUAUCAACAUAAUUUAACUGAAAGUCAUGAGAUUCUUGUAACUUAAAGGCCAGGACCAUGUCAUAUGCACAGAAGGGUAUGGUUGGGUAUAUUCAGAGAAAGUAGCAGUAUCGUAUUUUGUUAGUAAGGAUGACAGACUUGGAUAAUGCAGCAUCUAUAGGUACAGUAUUGUGUAUUUCUGUCUGUGCUUGGUUUAUAUUGUAAAAUGUUAUGUACUUGAAAUCUAUUUUGUGAUUUGUCUACCAUUUAUAAACACAACUCUGGGAAGAAUUAAAAAUGGUUUUAUUUCAUGGAGUGUAAGGGGAAAAUAUACCUGUAACUUGAGCCUUAUCUUUGUACGGUGAAUUUCACAUUUCUAUAUGUCAGCAUCCUGAUUGUUUUGUAUGUUGAUAUGAUGGCAGGAAUCCCUAAUAAAAUUACACUGGAGAAAAA